AUGGUGAAACUCAGGCAUUCUCGCGACGGACUUCGAAGACCGUCGCUAACAACUUUACGGACUCUAAUCCUCACAUUGGCUGUGGCCUUCACAUUCCUCAUUCUCAUUCUCUUAACUCUCACCAUCCCUAAACCCAACCAUCUCAAGUCCAUCUCUCGCAGAAAUACUCUCAGAAGCGAAUACGGCAAGAGAGAGCUUUGGGUUGAAACCAUAUCGUGGGAACCUAGAGCUUUUUUACAUCAUAAUUUUCUGACGAAGGAGGAAUGUGAACAUAUAAUCCGUAUAUCCAAGCCUAGUAUGAGUAAGUCGUCUGUUGUUGAUAAUGAAACAGGAAAGAGUUUUGACAGCAGUGUACGUACAAGCUCCGGAACUUUUCUCCGGAGAGGACAUGAUAAAAUUGUGAGGAAUAUUGAGAAAAGAAUUGCUGAUUUUACUCAUAUACCAGUAGAGCAUGGGGAACCCCUUCAAGUGCUCCGUUAUAAAGUUGGACAAGAGUAUGUACCUCAUUAUGAUUACUUUGCGGAUAAGUAUAAUACACGGAAUGGGGGUAACCGUAUGGCCACAAUGCUAAUGUACCUUUCAGAUGUUGAAGAAGGGGGUGAGACGGUGUUCCCAAAUGCCAAGGGAGAUGUUAGUUCUGUGCCUUGGUGGAAUGAGCUUUCUGAUUGUGGAAAAGAAGGACUUUCAGUUAAGCCAAAGAUGGGUGAUGCUAUACUCUUUUGGAGCAUGAAGCCUAAUACAACUUUAGAUCCAACGAGUUUGCAUGGUGCUUGUCCUGUAAUCAAGGGUGAUAAGUGGUCAUCUGCCAAAUGGAUGCGGGUGGAUGAAUAUAUAAUCUAA